AUGGCAGUUCUUGUACACAAUCCAGAUCAUGAACCCGAUGAAGAUGAUUCACAUGGUGACCAGGAGAAGAUCCGUGAUCCUGAAGUAUAUGCGCAGUCAGUCCUCAAACAGGGCUUGAAGGUUGACGCGUCAGUGGUGGAACACUUAUUCGAGUUGUUGCCUGACCAGAGGAUCUCCAGGAAGAUCGACGACUGUGAGCACGCUGGGUCGCCACCGAAGGCAUGGGCGUCUGGAGUGUACCGUCAUGGAGAGUCUCAGCAACCUCAACGAACGGAAGUGGAGUUGGAGCCGAUGGAAGCCUUCAUGCACAUCAGGAUGACUGAGGAAGAAUGGAACACCACAAGCUCAAGAUAUGGUGCAAACCACUACAUUGCGGGAAUGGUCGCAAGGUGGGAGCAUAUUAACCCCUUAGACGACGAUCUGAACUCAGUGAUUCCUGCGGCAAUAGCGGAGGACCUGGAACGUGACUGGGUGCAGAAUCCGAGGAUGGUUUUUGUCGAUGAUGAAGGAGAAGAGCUUCAUGUGGGAAGCAUGAUGGCGAUGACGACCGCAAGGGUUCCCAGCUUCGAACCAGGGGGUAUGUCGUCCGACUGGAUCAAAGCAUGCAAAGUGUACAACGCGGUGGUGAACAUCGAGGAGAUGAUUGUUCUAUGGAUUCACCGAAGAGUUGUGGUUUAUCCAGUUGAACCGGACGGACCUCGCGCGGAUGGUGGAGACCCUCCAAUACCGGAAAUGAACUUUCGUGGUGGUAUCCCGAG